CAAAGGUUCCGGUUAAAAAAAAACAAAACCGAAGACUUAUUAAAGCUUCUGUUUAAUUUAACUGUCUUCUUCAGAUCCACUCAUCUGCGACAGAACACACACAUCCCACUGACAAGAACUAAAACACUUCGCACGUCACACAUUCUCUCUCUCUAAAUCUCCACCAAUGGAGAGCUUCGCACUUCACUCUCUCUCCACCACCGCCACUUCCGCCUCCCUCUCCCACCACCCCUCACGCCUCUCUCUCCUCCGCCGCAUCUCAUCAAGAUCUCCACCAUCAACCAUCUCUCUCCGAUCUCAACAACCUCUCACCUUCCCUCUCCUCAAACCACUCUCCCAUCUCUCCACAACACGCAUCUCCGCCACACCACGCGACAACAUCCCUCCUCCUCCUCCUCCACCCUCUCCACAACCGCCGCAAGGAGCAAAACUCCUCCCACUAAUCCUCUCCCUCUCCGUAGGCCUCCUCCUCAGAUUCUCCAUCCCUCUCCCAGAAGGACUCACCCCACAAGGCUGGCAACUCCUCUCAAUCUUCCUCUCCACAAUCGCAGGCCUCGUCCUAAGCCCACUUCCCGUCGGAGCUUGGGCCUUCUUGGGCCUCACGGCUUCCAUCGUCACCAAAACGCUUUCUUUCUCAGCAGCUUUCUCAGCCUUCACGAGCGAAGUCAUCUGGCUCAUCGUUAUCUCCUUCUUCUUCGCUCGUGGGUUUGUUAAGACCGGUUUAGGAGAUAGGAUCGCUACUUACUUUGUUAAGUGGCUUGGGAAGAGUACUUUGGGUUUGUCUUAUGGGUUGACUAUUAGUGAAGCUUUGAUUGCUCCUGCUAUGCCGAGUACUACGGCUAGAGCCGGUGGGAUUUUCUUGCCGAUUAUUAAGUCGCUUUCUUUGUCUGCUGGGAGUAAACCGGGAGAUUCUACGUCGAGGAAGUUGGGGUCUUACUUGAUACAGUCUCAGUUUCAGUGUGCUGGAAACUCCAGUGCUCUGUUCUUAACUGCAGCAGCUCAAAAUUUACUUUGCCUUAAGCUAGCUGAGGAGCUUGGAGUAGUGAUAGCAAACCCAUGGGUGUCUUGGUUCAAAGCAGCUAGUCUACCAGCAAUCAUAUCUCUUCUAUGUACACCACUCAUCCUCUACAAGCUUUACCCUCCAGAAACCAAAGACACACCAGAAGCUCCAGGCAUCGCUGCUUUGAAACUCGAGAAGAUGGGUCCCGUCACUAAAAACGAAUGGAUCAUGGUCGGUACAAUGCUUCUUGCUGUCACUCUUUGGAUCUGCGGAGAGACUCUUGGGAUUCCAAGUGUUGUAGCUGCGAUGAUUGGUCUCUCUAUACUUCUUCUCCUCGGUGUACUUAACUGGGACGAUUGCCUAAGCGAAAAAUCAGCGUGGGACACAUUGGCUUGGUUUGCUGUCUUGGUGGGGAUGGCAGGACAGCUUACAAACCUCGGUGUUGUGUCAUGGAUGUCUGAUUGUGUAGCCAAAGUUUUGCAAUCUUUAUCCUUGAGCUGGCCUGCUGCGUUUGGUCUUCUCCAAGCAGCUUACUUUUUUAUUCACUAUCUUUUCGCAAGCCAGACUGGUCACGUUGGAGCUCUCUUUUCAGCUUUCUUGGCUAUGAAUAUAGCAGCAGGUGUUCCAGGGGUUUUAGCUGCACUUGCUUUGGCGUAUAACACCAAUCUUUUUGGUGCUUUGACUCAUUACAGCAGUGGUCAAGCAGCUGUCUACUAUGGAGCUGGUUAUGUUGAUCUACCUGAUGUAUUCAAGAUUGGAUUUGUGAUGGCUACCAUUAAUGCUAUCAUCUGGGGAGUAGUUGGAACUUUCUGGUGGAAGUUUUUGGGUCUCUAUUAAUAGCUUUUAUUUAUUUAAAUCACCACACGUUGCUGUUCUUGAAGCUUACAACGACGUUAAAUUUCGAGGGUUUUGUUUCCUCUACUUUUACUUGUAAAGAUACAGAGAUUUGUCACAUGGAGAUCUGGUCUCGUAUCUUUUACGUUAUUUUGCAGCUAACCAAAUAAAAGUCAAUAAAAACACCAAACAAAAAGCAAAUAAAUGUACUAAUCACAAGUUUCAGACACUACGAAGGACUUGAAAGCUCUGUCACUUCCGAAUCUCUUAC